GCAACAACUUUAACUUUUUAAGUGCCGCUGAAUAUAUGCUAUUCCAAGUAGGGAGUGAUUUAAUUACAUUGAUAAUUUUUUAAACAGUUAAUUAUUCAAAUUUAAGGAAUCACAUUUGCCUUCUGGAAGAAAGAAGAGAGAAUACAAAUUGUGCUCCAGUGCCUUUGGUGCUGCGUAAAAAUAGGUUCAAGUGAUUAGCCAAAGUUUCGAAGCGUGUAGGCUUAUACGUUUUAAAACCUUCGACAGGUGAAGCGUUUCUCACCUGACAAUGACAGGAGACAGCCUAAGACACACGUCUGAUGACAGUGGGCGACAAAUGGUAGAAUAUGAGGACAUAUUGGUUGAAGUUGGACAAAUUGGAUGGUACCAGCUUUCAAUCGUCCUGAUCAUAGAGACAGGAUGGUGCCUGAACACUGGUAUGGACAUGUUACUCUUGAUGUUUGUUGGAGCCAAUCCCGGCUGGACUUGCCCCGACCCCAGCGCCAUCUACAAUCAGUCUGUGACCAAUUAUUCUACCGGGCUAGUGACAACAGCUACCACACUAUACUAUGUGUAUGAAAAUAGCACAGAGUCUGUCCUGGGAGAUGGGGUUGUUCAAAACGGCUGUGGUGUAGAUAAUAAGAUAUGUCCUGGAUACGUCUUCAAUACAGACUACACCUCCAUAGUCACUGAGGUAACGAAGAUGUAUAUUGUAAAAAUUGCUGAUUUAGAACAAUUACUCUUUGUUAUUACGGUACCUGGUCGAUAACAUUGAUUCAUUAUAUUUAUUCGUCUCA